AAAGUGAAGAGAGAAUUUUUUAAAAAAAAAACAAGAAAGAGAGGCAGUGUGGUUUCCCGGUGGUUUAAGCUUUUAGUUCUGCAGCCUCUCUCCAAUGGCUCUGAAGCUCUUUCUCUUUGCUCUUCUCCUCUCCCUCCCUCCUUCUCUCUCCUCUCCUCCCAAAGGUAAGGGGGAGGAGCGUCGUUUCAACCCCUACAGGUACACAUUCAUCGAGAAAGCGAGCUCCUUCUCAUCGCCGCCGUCCUCGUCGUUCGCAUCCAACGGUCGAGAUUCGUCCUACGACUACAUCGUCAUCGGCGGCGGCACCGCGGGUUGCCCUCUCGCCGCGACGCUGUCGCGGAACUUCAGCGUUUUGGUGCUGGAGAGAGGUGGCGUUCCGUUCUCAAACGCAAACGUGUCCUUCCUCGGGAACUUCCACAUCGGUCUGGCCGACACGUCAGCAUCCUCCGCGUCGCAGCCGUUCGUCUCCACCGACGGCGUUCUGAACACUCGUGCUAGGGUUUUGGGAGGCGGUUCUUGCAUCAACGCAGGUUUCUACUCCAGAGCCGAUGCAGGGUUCAUAAAGCGACAAGGAUGGAAUCCAAAGCUAGUGAGAGAGUCGUACCCAUGGGUUGAACGACAAGUGGUUCAUAGGCCAAAGCUCACAUUGUGGCAGAAAGCCCUAAGGGACGGUCUCUUGGAAUCCGGAGUCAGACCCUUCAAUGGCUUCACCUACGAUCACAUGUACGGCACCAAAAUCGGAGGCACCAUCUUCGACCGCUUCGGCCGCCGCCACACCGCCGCCGAGCUACUCUCUUACGCUAAUCCUCAGAAGCUCCGGGUCUUGAUCUAUGCCACCGUCCAGAAGAUCAUCUUCGAUACAUCGGGGAAAAGGCCUAGAGCAGCAGGAGUGGUAUUCAAAGACGAGAACGGUAAUCAACACCAGGUGCUUCUUAGGAACAAGCCUGGAAGCGAAGUGAUCUUAUCGAGCGGGGCGAUUGGCUCGCCUCAGAUGCUGAUGUUGAGCGGAAUCGGACCGAGAAAUGAGCUCCAGAGGCUGAAGAUUCCGGUGGUUCUUGUUAACGAGUUCGUCGGGCAAGGAAUGGCUGAUAAUCCGAUGAACACCAUCGUUGUCCCUUCAAUGGAGCCUGUAGAGAAGUCACUUAUUCAGACUGUCGGAAUUUCAAGGAAAGGUGUGUAUAUAGAAGCUAGUUCCGGCUUUGGACAGUCCGCUGAGAGCAUUCACACUCAUUAUGGGAUCAUGUCGGCCGAGAGCCAACAAUUAUUAUCCACCGCUGUCCCUCCAAAGGAGAGAGCACCAGAGGCGAUGCAAGGUCCUAACACGAGAAAGAAGAAGGCAUUUCUUGAAGUAUUCAAUGGAGGGUUCUUCUUGGAAAAGCUCGCGCAUCCGAUUUCAACUGGGCAUUUAAGCUUGGUCAACACAAACGUCGACGACAACCCUUCCGUCACCUUCAAUUACUUCAGCAACCCUCUCGAUGUCCAACGCUGCGUCGAAGGUGUCCGGCUGAUCACGAAGGUCGUCACGUCCAAACGGUUCCUGAACUACACUCGGACAGAGAAGCUGAGUGUCGAGAAGCUGCUCAGCUUGAGCACAAAGGCAAACAUCAAUCUGAUGCCGAAGCACUUGAACGAUUCCACGUCCAUCGCUCAGUUCUGCAAAGACACUGUAAUCACAAUCUGGCAUUACCAUGGCGGUUGUCAUGUCGGGAAAGUUGUGAGCAAUGACCGCACAGUUAUUGGCGUUGACAGGCUCAGAGUCAUAGACGGCUCGACGUUUAGCGAGUCGCCCGGAACAAACCCUCAGGCGACAGUCAUGAUGAUGGGAAGAUACAUGGGAGUCAAGAUUCUAAGGGAGAGACUCGGAAAGAAUGCAGGCGUGUAACUUGUGGAUCAAGAAACCCUUUCAUGGCCGUGAAGCAUAAGCCGCAGUAGGUUAAAUUUGUACCCGAAGAUUGCAUUGGAGAAACCGCCCGUUUUUUCUGGUUAUUUUGAUAUUCGAUUCAUUGUAGUUGUAGAAUCAAAUUUACUUUUGUUGUUGACUGAUGAUCUGUAACCCUUUUGGCGAAUCGCUUGUUGCUUGUA